AUGGACAGCCCCCAGGACACGGUCCCCCCAGGCCAAAGGAGCCGCUGCCCUGCCCUCCGCAGGCUGGUCCCUGUUGGCUUUGGAGCUGAGGCACGGACACUCUUCAUUCUUUCUGGACCCCUGUUCCUCUUCCAGAUGCUGAACUUCAUGGUCUAUGUCGUGAGCACGGUGUUCUGCGGACACCUGGGCACAGUGGAGCUGGCAGCAGUCACCCUCUCAGUGGCCUUUGUCAAUGUCUGUGGAGUUUCCAUCGGGUUUGGCUUGUCUUCAGCCUGUGACACCUUGAUGUCCCAGAGCUUCGGCAGCCCCAACAAGAAGCACGUGGGCGUCAUCCUGCAGCGGGGCGUGCUGGUGCUGCUGCUUUGCUGUCUGCCCUGCUGGGCGCUCUUCCUCAACACCCAGCUCAUCCUGCUGCUCUGCAGGCAGGACCCGGCCGUGUCCAGGCUGGCCCAGGAGUAUGUGCAGGUCUACAUCCCAGGCCUGCUGGCAAAUUUUCUCUACAGCCUGCAGGCCAAGUACUUGCAGAAUCAGGGCAUCGUUUGGCCACAAGUCUUCAGUGGCAUCGUGGGCAACUGCGUCAACGGCCUGGCCAACUAUGUCCUGGUUUCUGUGCUGGGCCAGGGGGUCAGGGGCUCCGCAUUUGCCAACACCGUCUCCCAGUUCACGCAGGCUGUCUUCCUCCUGUUCUACAUCGUACUGAAGAAGCUUCAUCUGGAGACAUGGGCAGGCUGGUCCUGGGAGUGCCUGCAGGACUGGGGCCCCUUCUUCCGCUUGGCCGUCCCCAGCAUGCUGAUGCUGUGCAUCGAGUGGUGGGCCUACGAGAUCGGGAGCUUCCUCGUGGGCCUGCUCAGCGUGCGCGACCUAUCUGCCCAAGCGGUCAUCUACGAGGUGGCCACCGUCAUCUACAUGAUCCCCAUGGGGCUCAGCAUCGCGGUCUGUGUCCGAGUGGGGACAGCCCUGGGAGCCGCAGACACCGUGCAAGCCAAGCGAUCAGCCAUCUCAGGCACCCUCUGCACAGUGGGAACCUCGCUGGUUGUGGGCGUCCUAUUGAGCCUCCUGAGAAACAAGCUGGGCCACAUCUUCACCAACGAUGAGGAAGUCGUUGACCUGGUCAACAAGGUCCUGCCGCUGUACAUCUUCUUCCAGCUGUUUGAUGCCCUCUGUUGUCUCUACGCUGGGGUCCUGCGUGGGACCGGCAGGCAGGCCUUCGGGGCUGUGGUGAAUGCCGUCAUGUACUACGCCAUCGGCCUCCCGCUGGGUGUCGUGCUGACCUUCCUGGUCGGGAUGGGGAUCAUGGGCCUCUGGCUGGGCAUGCUGGUCUGUGUCAUGCUGGCCACCGCUGCCUUCGUCACUUACACGGCCCGGAUGGACUGGAAGCGAGCUGCGGAGGAGGCACAGAAACGCGCGGGACUGCCGCCACUGGGGAGCAGUGGGAGCAUGGCUCUCGGACCCAGGCCCGGGCCUGAGAAAGCGGUUGUGUCUUCAGUGGCCACAGGCAGCUCCCCUGGCGUGAUCCUGACGACCUACUCAAGACUCGGGGGCCACCUGGACCUCCUCAGGACUCCGGAAGCAAUCCAAACCCUACCCGCCCCCGCCAACCGACUGUCAGCCAAGCAGCUGGCUGUCCGCCGGGGGGCUGCUCUGGGGGUAGCAGUGGGCUCGUUGAUAGUGGGGCUCGUCCUGAGGGUCCUCACUGCCAGGCCCUAG